AUGGCUGAUGGAAAGAUAGAGCUAAGCGAUGCUCGCCCAUCCAUUGCCCAGAUUGAAACACCCGAGUCAGCAGAAAUCUCAUCAAUCAGAUCUGAUCUCAAUAAAGUUCUCAAGCUUCUUGACACUGGAGCACGGAAACUUGGUGCUGAUCCCAAGUUGGACAAGGAAGGUCUCUGUUGGUAUCACACCCCAUUUGGUACACAGGCUUCAAAAUGUCGUCAACCCUGUACCUAUACCGCGCCGGGAAACGACAAGCCCGAUCACCAGUAGAGGCGCACGUGACUUGGGCUUGCUCAAGCCACCUGUUGUAUGUGACGGACAAACAUUCAAAAACUCGGUUUUGAAUUGAUACAGGUGCCGAGGUCAGUGUUUUCCCAGCUACACAACAUGACAAGCGGUAUUGCAGAAAGGGGGUUUCUCUGACCGCGGCUAACAAUUCGACAAUUCAUACCUAUAGCAAGCGUGAACUUUGCCUGGACCUUGGUCUUCACCGGCAGCUGAAAUGUUCUUUUCUCAUUGCAGAAGUGAACCAACCAAUUUUAGGUGCUUCCUGCGGUAUAUUCUGGUGUUGGUUGAUGUUGCCAACUCUUGUCUCGUAGAAGCAGCAACAUCAAUGAUUGUACCUGCACAGACCUCACCAUUCCGUUCCCUUUCUCUCAAUCGCAUAUCGCUAGCUAAACCCACCAAUGGGUUUGAUACCAUUUUUGCUGAGUUUCCAGUAGUCUGUAAACUCCGCGUCACCGAUCCAGCUGUUAAGCACAAUGUUGAGCACCAUAUUAUCGCGGCUGGACCGCCCACUUUUUGCGAAGGCUAAACCACUUUCUCCUGAAAAAUCCGCAACUGCAAAAACCGAGUUUGACUAGAUGCUGUCUUCUCACACGGUGUGCAAAUCAUAAAAUAACUGGGCAUCCCCACUUCAUAUGGUCCCAAAGUCGAACGGUGACUGGCGCCCCUAAACCAGACCCUGUGCCUCACGUUCAGGAUUUUUCUGCUCGCCUUGCUGGUUGUAAAAACUUAUCCAAGAUUGACCUGGUUCGUGCAUACCAUCAAAUUCCUGUUCCUCCUGAGGAUGUCUCUAAAACAGCAGUCAUUGCACAAUUCUGCCUUCUUGAGUUCAAACGUAUGCCAUAUGGACUGCGCAAUGCGGCCCAGACAUUCCAACAAUUCAUGGAUGAAGUCUGCCGUGACCUGGAAUUUGUGUUUGUAUUCAUUGACGACAUCCUGGUUUUCAGCACCACGCCCGAUCAACAUCGCCACCAUUAG